UCCUUUAUCUCUGUUAAUCUUCCUAAGUCCGUCUUUACUUCCUCUAAUUUUCUAUAUCAUCCAUUGGUACCGCUCCAAAAAUUUCAUUUAAAAAACAGAACGCCAAAAAAUAGAAACCGCCAAAAAAGCCGAAAAACCCUAAUUGAAAUCUAUUCCAAAUUUCAGGGAAUUUCUUCAAAAUUAAUUAUUAAUUAAUUCACUACUAAAUAUUUUUCUAAAUAAUUAAUAAUAUUUUAUGCUUGAAAUAACAAUCUCUCCUUUCUCUCGAUUAAUUGGCCGAGCAAUAAAAAAAUAUUAUUUAAUUUUUGUUUGCGUGAUGUCUCAAUAUUUGGGGGUUUUCGUGGGUCAUUUUAUGGUCACUCAUUCUUUUCUCAUUUAUCGUUUACCUUUGUCUAUUGCCUUGAGAGAUUCUUUCCCAAAAAUUUUUUGCCCGCACAUACAAAUAUAUACAUCUUUAGCACCCCCCCUUCCCUUCUCUCCUAUCGUUGCUCCCAAAAUUAUUUAUUAUGUGACCCUUCUUCCAAUUGUUAGUAUAUUUAUAAUAUUAAUUUCCCAAAUUUACGCAUGGUCAAUUACUCUACCCAUUAUUACUUUGACCAUUAUUUUUAGGUUCUAG